AUGGCGACUCUCUCAAAGACCAAUUCUGCAUUCCCCACAUUGCAACACCUACACAAAGAUCCCUUCCACUCUGCACUGGGAAGAAGGGCUAAGAACCCCAGGAUCAGCAACAUGGAGUUCUCCCGUCCACCACUGGUGCAUGUGAAGAGUGUCCCACUCAUCAAAUACUUUGCAGAGGCAGUUGGGCCACUGCAGAACCUCACAGCCUGGCCUGAUGACUUGCUCAUCAGCACAUACCCAAAGUCUGGUACUACCUGGGUGAGUGAGAUCGUGGAUAUGAUCUAUCAGAAUGGCAAGCUAGAUAAGUGUGGCCGGGCCCCUAUCUAUGCCCGGGUACCCUUCCUUGAGUUCAAAUACCCAGGGGCUCCCUCAGGUCUUGAAACUUUGGAAGAGACACCAGCCCCACGGCUCCUUAAGACACAUCUGCCGCUGUCCUUGAUCCCUCAGAGUCUGCUGGAUCAGAAGGUCAAGGUGAUCUACAUUGCCCGGAAUGCAAAG